AUGGCGGACUCUAUUGAAGACUUGGCAUGGCGGCUUGUCUUGACAGAGGAGGAGGAAGCAGAGGUGGUCGUGGAUGAGGUUCAUAUUCACUCCACUGAGGCGAAUGCAGGGCUUUGCUUGGUGGGUAAACUUCUCACCAUGCGUCCAUUUAAUAUGGAUGCGCUGCGGUCCACUUUGACAUCAGUUUGGAAGGCAUCUAAAGGAGUAGUGUUCAAGACUUUUGGUGAUAACUUAGUUUUGAUACAGUUUGGCCAUAUUGUUGACAAGCGUAGGGUGAUGAUUAAUGGCCCUUGGAGUUUUGAUAAACAAUUGGUCAUGUUGAAAGAAUUUAAUAGGGCUUUACAGCCGUCGGAAAUCACUUUUUCAACUAUGGAGUUUUGGGUCCAUGCAUCUAAUCUCCCUCUUAUAAGUAUGACUCGAGAUGUGGGGGUUUUACUGGGAAAUACCCUGGGAAAGUUUGUCGAUAUGGAGUAUGGUGACGGAGGUAUUGCUUGGGGCAGGGCUCUUCAUAUUCGCAUUGAGAUCAAUAUUGAUAAACCCCUUCGGCGGGGUUUAAAAUUGGCGCUAGGUGGUCAAGAACCGGUGUGGAUUACGCUCCAGUAUGAGAGGCUACCCAACUUUUGUUUUCAUUGUGGCUUGCUUGGCCAUAGUGUUCACGAUUGUGGGAACAGGUUGUUGGAAGGAGCACAUAGGGAGGAGGUGAGAUUGCAAUAUGGUCCAUGGCUUCGGGCUGAAGUACCACGGGGACGGGUUUGA